GGGAUUUAUUUACCUCACGUGCAAAUAAAUACACUGUCACAUUUUCUUUUUUGUCAAAAUUUUCCGAAUACUUAAGUAUAUCCGUUUAAAACACAAUUUGCAGAAAUCAUGGAGGUCGAUGAAACCGUGGAGUCUUUGGGGGUGCGCAACUUCCUCGCAGCAAGAAUCCAAGAAAUUAAUUCAUUAUCUAAUCAAAUUAGCACUUCUGGGAUACCUGCUAGCAAAGGACUGGCAUUUCAGCAUGUUCCGAAACAUAUGCGACGACGGGCAGUAAGCCACAAUCCAAAACGUCUUCCAAAACGACUUCAAGGGAUUCACCGGCAUCAGGUAGAAAAAUCAAGUGGGUCCUCGGUGAUUAAGAAAGCAAAGAAACCCAGUCGACGACAUCGACGAAGGCCUUCAAACUUGACGGAGGAGUAUAAUCGCCGUCAAAGGGAACACAAGUGGCUAGAAACGCAUAUUUGGCAUGCAAAAAGAUUUCAUAUUCUCAACAAAUGGGGUUAUCGAAUACCCAAGGAACCUACAGCGAAGGGUUAUCGAGCAGGGUAUAGGGCAGCAUCACAAUUUUGUGCCAUGAGGGAUAUCUCCUACUAUAGUUGUUUCGAACUUGAAGGAAAUUUCCAACUAAUUUCGUCCAAAAUUUCCACUUCCUUCGCUCCAACAGAAGUAAACCCGUUAAGCUUGUCUUCAGAAAUGUACAAAAGCGGAAAGAGGGAAGGGACCUUCCAUUUUUACCGGAGUGGAUCUUAUCCGUUCGGUUAUGUUGGGAGAGUCCGAUUUUAUUGGAAGAUGGACCAGUCGUCGUUAUUCCUUUGGGUCCACCCCGCACAAAAGGAUGAGAUUCUGAACGAGAUAUGUGCAGAAUUUGAGCUCAUGUCGAAACAAAAUCUAGUUUUUAGAAGACCAGAGAAAGAUAAAGAUGAACCAAUGGAUACUGCAUCUGAUGAAACUGAAAUAUCAGAGGAAAUUCCUAAAGACUAUGAUGAUGCUCAUAUUGACAGGAAACUUCUUCCCAAGAAAUUAUGCCAUCGACCGAAAUGGAUCAACUACAGUACAAAUGUAAUAUUGACAGAUUUAGAGGGUGUGUUUAAUCGUUUUAGACUUUAUGGGCCUUUGGCUACUCAAACUCUGAAAGAAGUGUUUCAAGUUCUAUCACCAGCAAAGUUAGAAAAAGAUAUUUCCAAUAAUGAUAAUAUCAACAAACAAUUUUGGUGGUUAAAUUAUUAUCAAGAUAAACAAGAGGUCUUGACCAAGCAGUGUGAAUUGUGGGAAAAGCUCAAGUCUUUUAGUCAAAUUCCUUGUCAUUCUGUGAUUCCUCUUACGCUUAACGAUCCUCGAAUAUCUAUUCCUAAUAAGACUGACCCAGUAGUGAAAAAGAAAGCCAAACCAGUAGUAGAAUCCUUUGACGACGUGGGACCUUUGUUGGACCAGUUGCAAUCAGAAGCUGUAGAUUAUCCAAUACUAAACGAAAAAACGAGAACGAAAGCAAUAGAUGAAAGAAUGUCACAGGAGGAAUUUAACAAACGCCAAUCCCAGUUAUUGAUACCAGGUUCCAAACUAAAUUUAGGUGUAGAAGAAAAUCAAGUACCGAUUAUUCUGAUUCAUCGCCCGAACACAGCAUCCACAAGAUUUAAAAAUGGGGGAUGGGAUAUAGUUCUUCCAGCCGGUUGGGCAAUGCCGAUUUGGAUUGCUUUAGUGUACAGGUGUGUUCGGGUCCUAGGGCUAAGAGAAUCUGAAACGUUCGAAUCUGAGAGUGGGUCAUCAGUUCAUUCUAAUGAAGACGGAUUUCUUCCUCCGGAUUCUCUUUCUGGUGAAAAAGAGGCAGAUGGUCGAUUAAGUGACUUGCAAAUAAACUAUUUCAAAUAUCCUCCAGCCAAACGCCCCAACUUUAUCAAAUUAGGAUGUCCUUUCCCUUUCAAGAUAGAUUGGAGAAGCCUCUUGAAGUUUGGCAGUGCAAAAAAUACUGUUGACAUCGACUCAUUUUAUAUCAUGAGGAAUCCAUUUUUUCUGGAAGCAUUGAGAAAUACUUUGUCUUCAAGCAACAAAAAUACUAUUUUCAACCAAGAUCCAUCCAAUCCCGAGCAUUUACUGAUUGAAAUAUGUCUCACCAUUGUUGGAAAAGGAUCAAUUGGUCCUGGAGCUAUCGUCUGUAUUCCACACGAAACAGAUAUUGUGCAAAUGAACAACAAGGUUGAUGAGGUAAAUGACAAUCUAGAAGAACCCGUCGGUGACGAUGCAAGUGCUCAUAAAAAACGAGAGGACCUACGAAAUACAAGGGAUCGUAUGAAGUCAUUUAUGCAAAAGAAGCGUAAAAAACUAAGAAAGAAAAACUGUAACGGGCAACCCAUAGAUUUGACACCUUUUAGCAGUGAUAAACUUCAAGUUAUAAAUAGUGCAAUUAACUCCCUUUGGUUGCCCGAUAGCGAACAAAUACUCAAGAAUAUGAGUAGAACUCCAAUUGGUGCUAUUGUUUUUGGUAGAGAAACUUAUAGCAUUGCCAAAUGCUCUGGAAUCGGAUAUUGUACUUUCAAUGGUUUGAAGGAGUGGUUCAACGCUUGUGCAAAAUGCGAUUGGAAUCCUAGAAAACUUAUUUUAGUAAGAGAUUGUAGAAAUUCAUUAGUUUAUAGAUUUGCAAAGUUAGAAAUAUGUGUUUAAAGUUGACAUUACUUAUUUAAGAGUGAGUAUUUAAUAUGAUAAAAGUUUCUGAUCUCUCUGUAAUUAAGACAAUACCGUUUUGUACAUAUUUAUAUAUAUUUUAUUUGCCUAGAAAAUUAUCAGAUGAGAUAUUAAUACCAUACUGGUUUUAUUACUAUCCGUGGUUUCUCAUAAGGAGAACCCACGGAUAACAAAAUGUUAAACGAUCUGGAUAAACAUCAUUAAAUAAAUAAGAGUUAAGAAAA